AUGCCAACCAUUCCAUCCUCUAUCAAAGACAAGCUCGAUACCGUCAUUCAUAAAUUUGGUAAUGUCAACAUCAACCGUACCAAAGUACCUAUAACCACUUUCUAUCUUGCCAUCGCUCCAUCUCUCCCUCCCCAUCCAGCUCAAAACGAUCAUAACCCAUCCAUUUCUUCUCCCGCUCUUACUCUCCUCCCCGUUCCUCCGAGAAGUGGACCUCACGUCAUUCCGUCUGAUCAUCUUCUUUUUGGCCUCACCCAUCCUGAUCCAGAUACAGACGAACGUACAUCUUUCUUCCUGUCUUGUAUUCCUGACCCUAUCGGCUUUCUCUUCCAUGCGGCGGGAUUGAUCAGAUCUCAUUUGAUACCAAGUAGCUCUUACGUCCACCCAAGUCAAAAUAGUGGGGAAAAGCAGAACGAGCCAAGAUGGAGGUUUCAAUUGAUUCAUUUAGAGUUGGAAGAUAAGGGAGGGUUGGCAGCUACUUCAAAUGGGAAGAUUGUGGUUUCUCUUCAAUGGGUCGGUAACAUACUUGAGAAUGUAAAGGAGAAGAAGAGUGAUAAGCAAAGUGCUAUCAAAGAGUUUAAAGGGGUCUUGCUCCAUGAAUUAGUUCAUGUUAUCCAACACGACGGUUUCGGUUCUACUCCAACAUGGCUCACAGAGUCUAUAGCCGAUUAUGUCCGUCUUCUCACCCAUCUCGGUCCACCUCAUUGGCGUAAACCAGGUCAAGGGAAAAGGGAAAAAGGUUGGGAAGACGGGUAUGAUGCUGGUGCUCGGUUCCUCUCUUUCCUCACCGGACAAGAUCCCGAUGAUCCUUAUCCUUCUGAACUGCUUUACCUCCCACCUCCACCUCACCAGACGUUCCUGGCCAGUCCGAUUCCACCAGUCGCUCAACCUACUUCAACAAGUCAUACCUCUGUAGCACCUCCCAAGACGACGCAAAUGCCCACUAUCUCGAAAGAAGAGAUCACCCCCGUUGGUGGUCGAGCGAGCAGAAGAAAACGACCUCCAAUGCCGGAAUUGGUGAAACUGUUCGAUGCGAGAUUGGAAUGGGAGAAAUACCACGAGAGUUGGUGGGAGGAAAUGACGGGAGCACCGUUGGAGGUCCUAUGGAGUGAAUAUCUGGAUUGUUACGCUUGA